AUGCACAAGAUUCGCACUUUACCCUCUCAUCGUUCUCUCCCUCUUUGCACUCUUCCCCUCCCUUCAUUCGCCCCCUCUUCGCAUUCUCCCCCUCCCGUCAUUCUCCCCAUCCCCCCAUUCUCACUAUUGAGGCGCCUCUCCCCCUCCCCGCAUGCUUCCCGUCCGCUCAUUCUCCCCCGCCCCUCACCCUGCCCGUCCUCGCGUUCACCCCCUCUUCGCAUCCUCACAUUUCACUACAUCGCAUCGCAUCAGAUGGAUGCCCUGGAGAGCAGAAGCACUGGCAAGAGCAAUCCUCCCGUAAUUCCUCCCCAAAUUCCCCUCUCCGCAUUCCUCCCCUUCAUUCUCCCCUACUCCGCGUUCUCACAUUUCACGGCAUCGCAUCGCAUCAGAUGGAUGGAUGCCCUGGAGAGCAAACUUUUGAGUCCCCUUUCAGGCGCCUCUCCCUCUCCCCUCAUUCCUCCCUUCCCCGCAUUCUCCCCCCCCCCGCAUCCUCACAUUUCACUACAUCGCAUCGAGCAGAAGCACUGGCAAGAGCAGUCCUCCGCUAAUUCCUCCCCAAAUUCCCCUCUCCGCAUUCCUCCCCUUCAUUCUCCCCUACUCCGCGUUCUCACAUGGAUGCACUGGCAUCGCUGCAUCGCAUCAGAUGGAUGCCCUGGAGAGCAGAGGCACUGGCAAGAGCAGUCCUCCCCUAAUUUCUCCCCGAGUUCCCCUCUCCGCAUCCCUUCCCUCAAUCCCUUCCCCGCAUCCUCACAUUUCACUGCAUCGCAUCAGAUGGAUGCCCUGGAGAGCAGAGGCACUGGCAAGAGCAGUCCUGGCGGAACUAGAAAAGGGCGGCCUCGGCCAGUGGUGUUCAUGUCGUUUUCUGGAGGGUACAAGGCCUGCCAGUGGAAGAUCAUGGAGGUACGCCAGAACAGUGGUGGUGUUGUCGUUUUCCCUGUGAGCAAAAUCAGAGAAUGCACACCAGCCCUACUCACUGCCCCCUGCGCUGUCCCUCUUGCUGUCUCUCAUGCUGUUCCUCAUCCUUUUUCUCUCACAUUCAUCGUCUCUAUUGACAUUGUCUUCGACUCCUCUCCCGUUGACUUCACAUCAGACCUCGGCGUCAGGUUCCUCUCCCGCCCUCCACCCGUAACUGCUCAACCGCCCCCCACCCCUCAACCGUCCGCCACCUCCCAGCCACCCCUCACCCCUCAAAGCGUUGGUUCUGCUCCUGCCUCUGCUGCUUCUCCUGCUACUACUCCUGCUCCUACAGCAGCACCCAAGCAGCCCGGGUCUGUGCGGCACACGUUGGUGCGGUCGGCGGCUGUGGUGCUGGACUGGCUGCUGCUCCCCGAGUUUGAGAGGCAGCGAGCAGCACAGUGGACGGCCCUUCUCCACUGCUCGCCCCUGGCGCGGGUGCUGCUGCUGUGCAGCACGGACGACCAGCUGGCUCCCAUCGGGUUCAUUCGCCAGUAUGAGAGAGAGGCAGCGGCGAGGGGCACGGCACGCCCUAGCCUCCGUCUUCUCUUGCACCCGCAUACCCCAUCACCCCUGGCGCCAGUGCUGCUGCUGUGCAGCACGGACGACCAGCUGGCACCUAUUGAGUUCAUCUGGAAGUAUGAGAGAGAGGCAGUGGGGAGGGGCGCGGUAUUGACGAAGGUGGAAUGGAGCACAUCGGAGCAUGUUGGUGAGUGGGGAAGGGAUUUGGGAUAG